AUGCUUACCGGAGGAUGGUUGGGUCAAACACUCGACGGAGCCGACGACCAGUGGCGGGAGCUCCGAGACAGCCUGCCGCUUCUUUUCGCGGCCAUCGCUGCCCACGGUCUGCUCAGUUUGCUCGUACGCAAGACAUGCCCUCAAGAGGGUGCCCAGCGGAAUGCCGCAAUGGUAAAUACUCAAACGAAGAUAAACACCUGCACCAGCGUUGCGGCCGACAAGAGCGAUGCAGCAGCCAACGCUCCGGCAGCACCGCCACAGCCUGCGUUCCUACCGAUGGGAAAACUAGGUCGGCGAAGAGCCUUACUUAAUGCGGCUGUCAGCGUCGUGUUCCUGGCCGUGCUCCACGGAGCUUCUGCAGUCUUUCCGAUGGCCUUGGUAUGUGGAGCUUUUUGGGUCGGACACGCGCUAAAAGGGACAAGGCUUGCACUGCCAGCGGUUUGGGUUAUUGCCGUCGUUUAUAUCUGGCUCAAGGAGAAAUGGUACGGGUUGCUCACGUUCGAGACGGUGCUCUGGAAGGGCUUUGCUGGGCUGGAUGGGCUUCAAGGGCUCCACCCGUGGCGGUUGUCAUUUAACCUUGUUGUGCUUCGCAUCGUGAGCUUUAGUGUGGAUCUUCACUGGGCGGAGAUUCAGAGGAGGCGGCAAGGUUCCAGUGCAGCGGCGCCCACGGAUAGCGACGAUAAGGUGUGCGUGACGGGUUCUUGCAGUGAUUUGGACUGAUUUCGAAAACGAUCGAGGAAGCUCCCAGCAAUUACACACGAGGCACGUGAGAGACCGAUCCGAAUGUGUUGUGGGAAAAUAAAUCCAGGAGUAGCCACACAUAUUCCCGCGUCGGUUGGGGCUUGUGUCCUACCGCGUAUGACGUAGUCUACGUCCAAACACCUUCUCUGAAGCCAAAUCCACCAGUGUAAAGUCAAGACUAAACGACACGGCCCGUGAUCAAACGAGGUCAUUGCGUUGCGAAGUCCUGGACUGGGCACAUGUUCCAGAUGAGGGCAUCAUGGAGUUGGCACGCCCAGACCUGUUGCUGGGGCCGUGCUGUCUAAAGCUGCAGCUGCGGUGUCUAGACCCAUACCACCCAUGGUCCACCGCUGUUCGCCCCGUCACAGCGAACCCUUCAAACUGCGGCUCGUUGAAGGCAACCAGUGCUGUGAGCUAAUACUCUAGAACAGCACGCCAGUCUAUGACAGCGCGAAACACCAGAUGACGGAUAGUAUGGAUCCAGAUUUGGGAAGAUUUCAAACCGCUGUUGCAGCCUUCCACAGCACAACCCCUGCCACAGAUCUGGGCGUGCCAACGCGCGUGCGUCUACUUCGUGAUAUCCUCUACUGGAAUAUGUGCCCAUCUCGGGACCCUUCAUGCCGGAUGGUCGUUUCGUUUGAAAUUUUUGGUCUCCAAAUGUUAGAUUUUGACAAGUGCAUACUGACUGUUUCGGGUGCCCAAGGCGACGAGGCGACGUUUGUCGAUUCACUCUCUCAGCUCUUGUGCAUUACCAUGUGCACGGGGUUGACUGGCCCAUCACUAUGAGAGGACCGACGGGGUGGGCCCUCAAGGGGGCGUGAAGGUUCGAUUUGUGCUCUGUGUUUCGAAGGUUGUUUUAGGUCACGGCGUAUUCUAGAUUAGUUGGCAAAGCGCGGGAGGGAGUUAUGAGGGACUGAGCUCCUCGUAGAGUAUGGCCUUGCACAUUUACAGCA